AACUCGCCGACCACCACCAAACGCCCACCCUUCGUCCACAUAUAUCAACUCGUCGACUCGAGGUUAUACGGUUUCCAACAUGUCUGACGGGGAAGUCGAGGUCGAAACCGGCGCCUACGAUGUGCUGCCCAAGGAUGUCACCGCCGAGAUGGGCAACAUCAAGCUCUUCAACAAAUGGAGCUACGAGGACAUUCAGGUCCGGGAUAUCUCUUUGACCGACUACAUCCAGAUCCGACAACCUGUUUACACUCCUCACUCCGCCGGCCGAUAUGCUGCUAAGCGAUUCCGGAAAGCCCAAUGCCCCAUCAUUGAGCGUCUCACCAACUCUCUCAUGAUGAACGGCCGAAACAACGGAAAGAAGGUCAUGGCCGUCCGAAUUGUUGCUCAUGCUUUUGAGAUCAUUCACAUCAUGACUGACCAAAACCCCAUCCAAAUCACCGUUGAUGCUAUCUCUAACUGCGGUCCACGAGAAGACAGCACUAGAAUUGGUUCUGCCGGUACCGUCCGUCGUCAAGCCGUUGAUGUCUCCCCUCUCCGCCGUGUCAACCAGGCCAUCGCUCUCAUCACCAUUGGUGCCCGUGAAGCCUCUUUCCGCAACAUUAAGACCAUCUCCGAGUGUCUCGCUGAUGAGCUCAUCAAUGCCGCCAAGGGAUCCUCAAACUCGUACGCCAUUAAGAAGAAGGACGAGUUGGAGCGUGUCGCCAAGAGUAACCGAUAA